AUGAAGACUGUUCUUUCCAUAGGUUUCUUGUUUUGUUGCUGUCUUAUGUUCCUGCUUUUGGACUCUUCAACUUCACUUCCUCUAUGUGUUGAUUCAAGGGCACCCUUUAGUCUCAAUUCCACACUCAAGUUUUGUCCUUACAAUGGAAGUACUUGUUGCAACUCCAUACAAGAUCAACAAAUACAGAAGAAAUUCAACCUCAUGAAUGUAUCGGAUACCGACUGUGCCUCGCUUUUGAAAUCGAUACUUUGCGCGAAAUGUGACCCUUUUUCGGCAGAGCUGUAUACGGUUCAAUCUACACAAAGAUCGGUUCCCGUGCUUUGCGAUUCUGCAGUUCCGGUGAAUUCUUCUAGUUCAAAAGCGUCACUGCGCGGUUUCUGUUCUGAAGUAUGGAAUACAUGUCAAACCGUGUCUAUAAUAAACUCGCCGUUUUCGCCUUCCUUGCAAGGUCAAGGAGGAGGAUUACCAGCUAAUACCAAUGCCACAAAACUAAAUGAACUAUGGCAGUCGAAAACUGAUUUUUGUAAUGCAUUUGGAGGAGCCUCUAAUAAUGAAUCGGUAUGCUUCGAGGGCGGACCUGUUGUAUUAAAUAAAACUGAUACUCCUGUUAGUCCUCCUCAUGGACUGUGCCUUGAGAAAAUUGGGAACGGAUCUUAUCUCAAUAUGGUUGCUCAUCCCGAUGGCACGAACCGCGCGUUUUUCUCGAGUCAGAUGGGUAAAGUUUGGUUGGCAACUAUUCCGGAAGAAGGAUCGGGAGGACAAUUGGAGCUUGAUCAGUCAAGUCCUUUUGUUGAUCUAACUGAUCAAGUUUAUUUUGAUACUCAAUUUGGAAUGAUGGGAAUGACAUUUCAUCCAAAUUUCGCCAACAACGGACGUUUCUUCGCUUCGUUUAAUUGCGAUAAAGAUAAAUGGUCUGGAUGCAAUGGAGUAUGUUCUUGUAACUCAAAUGUUAACUGUGAUCCGUCAAAGCUAGGUACUAGUAACGGCGCUCAACCGUGUCAAUAUCAAACUGUUAUUGCAGAAUAUACUGCUAAUGGAACCGCAUCUCAACCAUCCUCGGCUGAAAGUGCUAAGCCAACCGAGGUGAGAAGGAUAUUUACCAUGGGCCUCCCAUAUACAUCUCAACAUGCUGGUCAGAUACUCUUUGGACCCGAUGACGGGUACUUAUACUUCAUGAUGGGAGAUGGAGGAGGUACAGGUGAUCCGUACAAUUUUUCGCAAAACAAGAAAUCGUUGCUCGGAAAGAUUAUGCGACUCGAUGUCGACAACAUUCCAAGUGCAUCGGAAGUUAGUAAACUUGGACUUUGGGGUAGCUAUUCCAUUCCUAAGGAUAAUCCAUUCAGUGAAGAUAAAGAUCUGGAGCCUGAAAUAUGGGCCUUAGGAUUAAGAAAUCCUUGGCGAUGCAGCUUUGAUUCGGAAAAACCUUCCUACUUUUUUUGUGCAGAUGUUGGACAGGAUCUUUAUGAAGAGGUGGAUCUCAUCACAAAAGGUGGAAACUAUGGCUGGCGAGUUAACGAAGGACCCUAUCCGUUCGCUAUUACAGAUUCACCUGGAGGCAAUACCUCCAUUAAAUCUAUAAAUGCAAUUUCCCCCAUAGCAGGAUACAACCAUUCUCAAAUAAACAAGAACGAAGGAUCCGCGUCGAUCACUGGGGGAUAUGUUUAUCGAUCCAUGACCGACCCUUGCAUGUUUGGAAGGUACCUGUAUGCUGAUCUUUACGCGGGCGCAGUUUGGGCUGCAACCGAAGACCCUGAAAAUAGUGGAAAUUUCACAACUAGCCGAAUCCCUUUCGGUUGUGCACACGAUUCACCUAUACCAUGUGACAUAGUACCUAGUAGCUCCCUUCCAGCUCUUGGAUACAUCUUUUCAUUUGGGCAAGACAACAAGAAAGAUGUUUACAUUCUUGCAAGUAGCGGCGUUUACCGAGUUGUUCCUCCGAGCCGCUGCAAUUACACUUGCUCACAGGAAAAGGCAUCAACAGCUACCAAUCCUCGUUCUCCUUCUCCAUCUCAUGCAAGCCAUUGGAGUAACUCUUAUGGAUAUAUUUUUCUGCAGAUUUCGUCUUUGUUGUUGCUUUUGACGAGUUUUAUGUAA